AUGGCGGACGGUCAGGACGAAGGUUUGCUCUGGGAUCAUGCGGGUGAAAACUUAGAAAGUGACUCUCCAUUAGGCAGUUAUCGAGCUGGCUAUUCCACAUUUUACAGUCCAUCUAGUGCUAUCAGUGGUGCUGGACAAAAGCUGUCAAUAAUUCAGGCAGAAAAAGUUUUAUCAAACCUAGAGGAGGCUCAUUCUGUGUUAAAAAAAUUUGUUGAUCAGCAAAACCAGCAGACAUCUGGAGAGAAUUUGUCAAACCUGUCUCCUGUCCGGCGCCAUGCAUGCCACAGAUAUUUACACAAACUCCGUCUCAUUUUAGAUAAACUUACAGAUUAUAUCAUUAUCUCGUCACUUGUUUUACAGGUCCUUGAUGUUCUUGUUUUAACAAUUAUUGAUUUUUUGCCGAAAUCUGACAAAAGGGUCCUUCUUGUUGUGGGUGGUACAGUAAUGAUUAUUCUACAAGUUGCAAAUCUACUUUUGGUUCUUUAUACAUCCAUUAAGUUGGGGAAUCAGCUGUUUAAGCACUCCAUUAGUGGCACCCUCCUGAUCCAGGGUUACAUUGCUACUCUCUUACUGUUUGCUGGCCUAUACACAGCUGCAUGCAGACUUGAUGUGAAUGGGUGGAAAUUUAUCGCAGAUGGUGCAAUACAAAAUCCCACCUUGUUGGCUGAAUCUUACUGCAGAUUUCUGUUUUUCUCUGUGUCUACAGGAACACUCUGUGGUUCAUCAAUUGUAUUACCAAAUGCUUGGUAUAACUAUUUGAUGGUUUCCCUACAGAUGCUGCUUAGCUAUACAUACUUCGCUUCGAUUUUGGGUCAAGCUAUCAUGGUAAAAACAGUUGGAUUGGUUCCUCACCAAAGGGCAGAUAACUCCAUUUUGACACAGUCCAGAUCAAGACGGGGUUCCACUCAAAGUCAGCGAAGUGGAAAUGUAAAUCCCGAUCUCAGCCAGUCACAAUGACGUAUUAUUUUACAGUGAAAACUAAGCAUGUAUCAGCCUUGCUAGUGUAUCUUCACAGAGUACUUUUGUAAAACCAAUUACCUUUGUUCAUCAGUGUUUUAAAUUAUGACUUUGAAUGCAAAUUUCUCACUAUGAGGGAUUACUAUACUUUCUUGAUCCCAACAGUGCCUUGAUCCACUCAACUGAUCCUUGACCAAUGAAAUCAUGGGUUUCCCCUCGGGCUCUGUCUGGUUAAUUCCACCAAAAUGAUGGCUGUCAUUGCAUAAGUGAAAUAUUCCUGAGUAUGCCAUAAAACACCAACCAAUUUCACAAAUAAAUACAGCCAAUUUAUGGCUCUAAAGUUUUCAGGUAUGCGUACCGAGACAUGGUAUGGUUGCUUAUUAGUGAGCCUGAAAUAUUCUUGAAUAAGACAUAAAGCAUAAAUAAAAUAUAUGUUGGUCCUCUGUUUGUGUGAGCAUCUGGUAUCCUGACAGUGUACUGAAAUUAUGUAAUAUUCACUGACAGAUUAGAAGCUUCAUGCAUGUGUAUUGUACUUAGUAUAGCAGUACAGGUUUAUUAUAGUGUACUGUAUAAGCCGUUGCAUUUGCAAAUUGUACAAUCUGAAAGAUAUAUUUACCUCGUAACAUAUUUAUGAUGUUUCAUCCAAAGUAUAUAUAUCAGUGUCUACUCAUUGGCUGUUGUCAGUCAAAAUAAUCUAUCUCUGCUGUCAGAAUCAGUUGUUCCGAAAAUUUUUAUGAUUCUUGUCUGUGAAGGCCAGUCAUCUACAUGUACUUAGAAUGUAAGUUUGUGUUUCGGGUAUGGCUAUUAUUCUCCUACCUGUCACAUAUUUUGGAUUUCAUUUAUUAAUUUAGACAACUUGCUGUUAUAAACAUUUUUUUUUACACAGAACAGUUUCUUGCAUAUCUUUCAGCCUAUUCAAAAUGUUUAAAACAGGCUCUAAAUUUUUACAAACCUAAAUGUUGUGCAGUGAGGUGUUACUAUGACAACUAUAUCUGAUGGUAAAUCAUCUUCUCUACCUGUCUGGAGUUAAAUUUUGAUGAAGUUGUUUAAUUGCUUGCAGCUUUGAAAGCCUUAUCAGUCAAGUUUUUUCAGUGUGUAAGAAAGGAAAAAAAUUACCUGAGCUUUACUUUCUCUGAGAACUAGUCCAAAUUAAACUUCCUUCAGGCAUACCUCAUCUUUUGUUCGAUUUGUUGACUGAUUAAAAUGCACUAAAAUGCUUUAAUUCUGUGAAAUUUAUUCUAUACAAAAGGUGCAUGUAUUUGUGCUAGAUGUACCCCUUACCGUUGUCUCCAUGGACACUUCCUACUUCAGGUGCUAACCAACAUGUAUAACCACAUAGCAUCACCAAGUUCUUCAUACAUCAAUGGGAUGAUAUGUAGUCUUCACAAGCUGUGCUAUGCAACCAAACAACCAUACAACCAAACAACCAAACAGUACCAAUGCACCAUAUUCCAUGGAUACAGAAUUGCUUUCUGGCAUUGCUCUGUGAUUCAAAUAUGAAAUUACAUGUAUAUAACCUGAAUUGGCAGAUAGGAGAUGUUUUAUUCAUUCAUAACUGUCGUUUUCAUUGAGGACCUUAUGUAGUGGUAUACAUUGAUGCAUGAAUUUGUAGUCAGAUUAUUUCUUAUGAAAAUGAUGUUUUUAAUGUGUGUACUUUUCAUUUUAUUGGUUUGUUUUUGCUGAAUUUUAUUUUUUGCUUUUAUUUUUCUUCUAUUUUGGAGUAAUAGUAAUAAAUAGUAUUUACUGUGAAGCAACAAAGUGUUACCACAAGUACAUAUAAAUAUCUAUUGGUGUACUUCUGUUCUUACUGAAUCACCACCAGCAAACAGUCCGGUUCUAUCAUAGUAAGCCCAGACCACAUGUAUUACAUCUGGACUCCCCAAAUUGAACAACAUUUAUGUAUAAUGAAUGGAUUAAGUAAGCAGACUGUGAAUUUAUCCUUGAUUGCUUUUUGGGGAUAGUGGCAGUGUGGGUGAGUACACUUGAGUGAUCUAUGUAGGUAGAUUUAGGUAUAAAAGUAGGAUUUUUCUGAUGUGGAGAAAUGAUACAAAAACAAAUGAGCCUCCUCUACUGUCAAUGUCUUUGUAUUCCCACUGCAGUUUUAAACAUCUUGUUCUUUUCAUGAAAUUUCAUGAUUCCAAGAUGUUCAAAACUGCAGGCGGAACAUAAAGAUGUGGAAAGUUGAGAAGGCUCAUUUGUUAUUCUAUGUACACAAACAUAUAUACUACCACAUCAUUUCAAAACGUCACAAAUACAAACCAAAUAUCUCAGUGGGUCCUUGAACAAUAUUAUACUGCUAUGUUUUUUAUUCAAAUACCAAUUAACUUGAAUCCAUAUUUGAAAAGGGAAAUGUUUAAACAAACAUGCAUAGUAAAGGUUCCAAAGAGAAUUUCUUGGGAAGAGAAUAAUAAGUGUGCCACUUGAUAAUAUGAUCAUCUUUGGCCAAAUAAAAUAGGUAAAUCAACAAUCUAGUCAUUGGUUACAUGUAUUUUCUACUGCAUAUUGA